AUGUCUUUGACAUCGGACGAGUUGAAUUAUCUUAUAUAUCGAUAUCUUCUUGAAUCUGGCUACACACAUACAGCGUUUUCAUUCGCGCAUGAAAGCCUCGUGACGAAAGCGAAUAUCAAUGGCGCUGACGUCCCUCCUGGGUCGCUCAUCUCCUUUGUUCAGAAGGGCAUGCUUUAUGUAGAAAUCGAACAACAUAUUAACGACGAUGGGAGUAUAAUUGAUGAUGGAGGAGAUGACAAGCUCUCCAUCUUGGUUCCUUCUCAUGUACAGAACCGAGAUAAUGAGGAGAAGGAAGAGGCACCUGAGGCGAUGGAUGAGGAUGGGCUAGAAGUGGAAACAACCAAGGUGACGACAUUGACAGGACACGAGAACGAGGUGUUCACCGUAGCAUGGAACCCCACUAAGUCUCUACUGGCGUCCGGCUCAGGCGAUUCCAGCGCUCGCAUUUGGCACGUGCCCACGUCAGACUCGGGGUCGGAGGCAGAGCGGAACACUCAGUGGCAUGUGCUUGAACAUUCCAACGCUCAGGGGAAUGAGAAGGCCAAGGACGUAACAACGUUGGACUGGAACUCGGACGGAAGUUUACUGGCCACGGGGUCGUACGAUGGGCAUGCUAGAAUCUGGAACGAUCAAGGGAAGCUUGUGAUGACCCUAAUGAGGCACAAAGGGCCUGUCUUUUCCUUGAAAUGGAAUCGCACGGGCUCUUACCUGCUCAGUGGGUCGGUGGACAAGACUGCCAUUGUUUGGGACACGAAGACGGGGGAUGUUGUACAGCAGUUUGCCUUCCAUCAGGCGCCCACACUGGAUGUAGAUUGGCGGAAUAGCAACUCCUUUGCGACUUGCUCAACUGACAAGAUGAUCUUCGUCUGCAAGAUCGGUGAGGAAUCCUUCGUCAAGAAGUUUGUUGGGCACAACGACGAGGUUAACGCCAUCAAGUGGGACCCUACAGGAACAAUGCUUGCCUCCUGCUCCGACGACAGCACCGCCAAGAUCUGGUCUGUCAAGCAGGAUGAGCCGCUACAUGACUUCCGCCUCCAUACCAAGGAGAUCUACACGCUCAAGUGGAGCCCGACAGGGCCAGGGACCAAGAACCCGAACAAGCCGCCACUACUGGCGACAGCAAGCUUCGACUCCAAGGUGAGAAUAUGGGACGUGGAGAAGGGAGAGUGCAUCUUCGUUCUCUCCAAACACACAGAGCCGGUCUACAGCGUCGCCUUCAACCCUACCGGCGACUACGUGGCCUCGGGUUCCUUCGACAAGUGCCUGCACGUGUGGAGCGUCAAGGACGGUUCCCUCGUGAAGACGCUCAGAGGUAACAGCGGGAUCUUCGAAGUAGCGUGGAAUCACGCAGGAGACAAGGUGGCGGCUUGUUUCUUUAGCAAGGAGGUUAUGAUUAUUGACAUGAAAGUGUAG